AUGGUCCUGAGACACGAAAUGGACUCAGACAUCACCUAUUCGUUGCAGUUCCAGCUCAGCGGCCAUUUUGGCGCGGUUCUCUGCCUUGGAUGCCGCCACGAUGGAAAAUAUCUGGGAAGUGGAGGAACGGACGGUACAAAAAUCUGGGAUUUAAAAUCCCGCCGCGAAAUGCAAGUUCCCGCCUCCUCCACCAUCCGUGGUGCUAUGACGUGUUUAGUGUGGCUGAAGAGGGAUGACGACACCGCCGAGGCGCUCAUAUUCGGAACUCAAUCGGGCUAUUUGGUUUGCUGGAUUGAUGAGAUGGACAAGGACACGGGGAAGGCCGUGUUUAAGGAGGUUUGGUGUUGCCAAUUAACCGAGCCCGCCGAGAUAACAGGUUUGGCCUUCGACCUGAUGACGAAUCGGCUCGCCGCAUGCCAUCGAGGCGGCAUCCUCCAGAUUUACACACUCCGCGGAGCCACGAUUCGCCACGAAGUUUGUUCCUUCAAAAUUCCUAACUGUACUCCCCAAGCAGUGAUGUUCGGCUCGAUGUUUGGCAACGAGCGCGAACUCAUGCUGUUUGGGCUUCACUGCGGGCUUGUAUAUACUGUGCGCGGAAACUUGCCGCCUUCUGUCGAGAAUGCAUGGAAUCUUGGUUGUCAUAUAGGUGGUGUUGCGCUCGAUGUGGCGAAUAGUGUUCUCUGCAUCAAUGAUCCAUCCACCAGCGUUGAUUCAUACGGCUUCAGGGAUAGAGAACGACUCAAAAGUUUUCGCAGUACCAACAACGAAGUCGCAACGUGUUCGCCAGGUGUGUUUGGGCGACAAUUCCACCACGGUCGUGAGCGGAAGCGACCAUGGGACCGUCUACAUCUCGGAGCGGCAAGUUGGUGA